AUGGGAGAAAUACCUCUUUCUAAACAUUCUCCUUUUUUGAUUCAAAAAUUAUUUGAAUCAACCAUUGGGCAUCUUAAAAAAGUACAAAAAUUGAGGUCAGGAGAUUUAUUCAUAGAAGCAGCCUUCCCUCAACAGUCAGCAAAGCUUUUGGAAAUGAAGUCUCUAGGAGACAUAAAGGUCACCAUCACAUCACACACAAGUUUGAGCUCAUCACGUGGUGUGAUAUCUGAAAUCGGUCUAAUGGCUGAGGAUGAAUCAGAUAUACAGAUCGGUCUUUCAGAUCAAGGAAUUACUGCUGUCCGACGCAUCUCCAUUUAUCGAGAUGGCAAGAUAAUUCCUACAAAACACCUAAUCGUGACAUUUAAAAACCAACAUUACCAUUUUUUCUUACAGCAGGAUAUUUGCGCUGCUCGGUUUGCCCAUACAUUCCAAAUCCGCUGCGUUGAUUCAAGUGCCAGCGAUUUGGACAUUCCCAAACAUCUUGUCAAGGAAAAAGCUUAA